ACGUUUACCAAAACUAACACGCUUUUAGUCUAAUUUCCAUUUAGACCGAGUAGUAAACAUUUUUUAGCCGCUUACUAUUUUCCCAUUACACCGCUCCAAUUAGUACCUUAUAGGUAAAUUCCGUCUGAUUCUAAAUUCUCCAGUGAUGACAGCCCAAGUCGCAGCCGCUGGAUUAAUUGUUUACCGACGUCUACACAGUCAGAUAGAAUACUUACUACUUAAGCAUUCCUAUGGACGCAAACACUGGACACCACCCAAGGGUCAUGUCGAUCCUGGUGAGAAGGAAUUUGACACAGCAUUGCGAGAAACUUAUGAAGAAGCUGGACUUGAUAAAACCCAAAUGAUACUUGAUGAAACUUUCCAUAUAGAAAUAUUUUACCCUGUGAAAGAUGCUUCUAAACGUGUUAUUUAUUGGUUGUCACAAGUCAAAGAUCCCAAUGUGAAAGUGACCCUGUCUUCCGAACACAGUGAUUUCAAGUGGUGUUCCUUGAAAGAAGCUCUUGAUAUCGUUGAAUUCCAUAACACCAGAGACAUUUUUAACAAAGCCACAGCUCAUUUGGAGAAGAAAUCUGCAUAGUAUAUGUGCUGGUGUGAUGCAAGAUUUUGAAGUUGAAUUAAAUAAU